AUGACGGUCUUCUGUUGUUGCGGGGUACCUCGCCCUCCCAGGACAGCGACGCCGUCGACAUCGAGCCCCAAGAACCAGACUCCAAACCCCUCGGGUGUACUUCCCGCGGUUCCUCCUCCUGCUCGCUUACCUGUUGCAGGACCACUGACAUCCAACCCAGUCAUUGCCAUCCCGCUCUCCGUCGACGCCCACCGAGACUCUUCGAGCAAGUCCGGUGCAUCAUUGCAACUGGCCACAUCCUCGGUCAUUGUCCCCAUCGGACCAGCCGACUUGAGCGACCUCGUAGUAGAAGAUUCCGAUGAUGAACUACCGGGUAGAUCGACCGAGCCCAGCAAGAGUACCAGUACUCUUCAGCUUGUCAAGGAGAAUAUCCGUCGUCACUUGUCUCAGGACUCGUUUCCAAAGAAGAAGUCUCGCUCAGCCGUUGGCAGCAGUCACGAGGAAAUCCAACGACGGGCAGAGCUGAAGAGACUCAUGCACAAAAGGAUACAAGAGGAACUCCGCAUAGAGCAAUCCCACGAGCGCGCUCAAAGUGAGGUCUCCUCUGUGCUGCCACCACCCAAAUCUUCUUCACUUGAUUACCUCCCGGGUGGAGGUCCCCGUGAUACACUUGAGUUCUCGGUAGCCCAAGAAGAGGAGGAGCCACAUCCUGACAUGACCUCUUUGGCCAUUGCAAAGUCCGGUGCCAGUGUCUCUCCAUCAGCACAGGCGACUCCUCUUUCAGACAAGGAAAAUAAUCACAUACGGACAAACAUUCUCCAAUAUCCUACCAUCUCUUUCAGCCAGAAGCCAAUUCGAGAACGCAAUUCACUUCCGGAAAUGCCAGCUUCUCCGGUCUUGGCUCCACGGCGCUCUUCAAACACGAUUGACACUUCUUCCUUGGGCUCCUGGAGGCUUUCUUACAGCGCUACUCAACUGGAAGACUUUCUGAGCUUCAUUGAUCAAGAUGGUUCAUCCAAAGACGCCGAGUCCUUCCUCAAAGCAGCAGCUUCUAGUGUGGGUGCCCCUUGUUCGGCACAGCUACUACGCCGGUCCAAGUCAGAGACUCGUUCACGCUCGUCCCCGGCCCGCACCCCUGGGAAUGCAACUCCUUGUGUGUUAGAUCAGUCGUCAAUGGGUACCUGGCUCAGAAGCCAGGGUCUUGGGUCGUGUUCGCCAUCCAUUUCGCUGGGUAGGACCUCGGACAGAGACGGCGAUCCUGAAAUAAGCGUGGAACAGGCCAAAAUGGUCAUGCUCAAGAGAUGCAGCUCGAUACCCAACCACGCUGGCGGUGACAUUGGUCUUCAGCGUCCCGAGAUUGUCCAUCUUCAUGACAUGGAUAUUCAUCAGCAGCUGGUUACACAGACGCUCAACACCCCUGAUGAGUCCACUGCAAAUACCGAGUCGGAACAUAACACAGUCCGUAGGUAUCCUGUGAGACAAGACAGCUCUGAUCAGACAGCUGCAUACGACUCUGAGACAUCACAGAGGCAACUCAACGGUCAAACUGGCCUCCUUACCAACCCAUCAUCUACAUAUCCCUCAGCUGGACAUAGCGCCGAACCUAGCGCAGGAGCAUCUUCAUCGCAUCUACCGUCAGGUGUCAUGGGUUCUAAUAACUUGUUUGCAGCGACACCAUUGCGAUGGCUCCUCUCACCCAAUCCUUUUGACGAAAGCCAUUCAAACACGGCCACCGGAAGGAACUCACUCGACAACCCUAUUGCUCAAGGCACCGCCAUUGAGACCGGGCUGGUCUCCCCCAACGCGGUAUCGAAUGCCAUGAACAAACGGCAGUCGGUACCAAAGCUAAACAUGGUAGAGAGGGGCUUCGCUCGUUUCCAUCUAGGUCAUGGGGCACCGUCCACUCUCGCCAAACGCUUUGACAAAGCCACCGAUUCCAAGAAACUACGCGCCGAGCCUUCCAAGCGAUCACUCCUAGCACGAUUACAUCUGAGCCUCCCCAGACGAGUCAAACUGCCCCCGACCACAUUUGACGGCCAGGCAGACGACGAGCAAGAAACGGCAGCGCCGUCUACAUCACUUCCUGCUGGUUCCCGGAGACACAAGAAGUCUGCGCUCAGUGAUGUUGGUCCCCAAUCGCUCGGUCAACGCAGCGAGCUUCCGUUUUCCGACAGCGAUGAUAGCACAGUGGAGCUUUGGCAACGUGCCGUGAGAGAGGAGAUCUGCAGGCGCCAUUUCGCCACUGGAAAGAAACGCAGCAACAGCCUUUUCUCUUUCUCCGAGUUCCUGCCAGAUGACCUUCCACGCAAAACCUUAUAUCCCUAUCCAUACCCGGGAGCCCGCCCUGGUGGCCUAUAUCAAAACAGUCAUACCGAGUCUAUUUCCAAUAAAACACCUACCGAGGAACCCCAGAGCGAAGCAGCACCUACCGAAAGUGUUUCGGAUGCCGAAGCUGUGCGCAAAUCGUCACUUGAGAUCCCUGGAACCGAAUUACAGAAGCCUCGAAAGUUUCCUGAAGCGUGGGCAAGAUUUCCUUCACAUAACCGUGCAGAGCGUAACGCAGAUCUUGAAGAUGCGGACGAAGUCACGGCUGAGGGAUCAACUUCCCAUACACAACCCACCCAAGAGGUUACACAGACGGCAAUCUCUGAGGAUAUUUCCAACCGCCAUCGCAACGGGGUUAUUGGUCACCGACACAAGAACUCAAUGUCCAGCAAACUCGGAAAGGCUCUCAAAUCUGGCCUUAACAAGCUUGUUCACUCCCGCAGAUCAUCUGAGAUUUCGUGCGGUGGAUCGCGCCUUGACGAGGCAAGAGCCACAAUGGAAUACCCGGAGCUCGCACUUCAACCCAAUGAAGCUGGUUACCGAGAACUCGAAGCACUGGGUCGAGAAAUCAGGCGCUUAAAGCAGUCGGCAUCGGCCGAGGUGGACGAUGGACCCAGGCCUUGGGUAUUUAACCCUGUUGGUUCCGAUGGUCGGAAUUUGACUAGUCCAGGAACUCUGCCCAGAAGUCGUGGAAGGGACUCAUCAGCUGCUACCGACAAGUUUGCUACGCCACUCAGCUCCCCCUCUCUUAAUGAUGCUUCUUUUCACUCCUUUCCGCACUCCAAUUCGCCAGAGUCCAGACGUCAAUCGUCUAUCCCCCUUUUGAGCAAAGCAGUUUUGCCAGAGAUCAAGAUUACCGACAUGAGCUCGGUCAAGAGUGACACCACACUGGUACUGAAAACACAUCAGGUCAGAUUUUCUGAUGAGAACGGCCAGAGUCAGACUGAUUUGGCCGCAUCUGGCUCCUCCAAAUACAACACCUGGAGUGGUCCAGAUGAUUCUCAGAGUACCGAUGAGACAAAGGACUCGGAUGACAGUGGGCACAUGUUUCCUCAAAACAACAAGCGGAGAUCGCAUCCGGAGACCUCGAUGUCAAUCCAGGAGAUAGCUGCCGGCCGUAUGUAG